GCCAUGGCUUCUGUCCUCAACAGCAAAAUUCACGCGUCCGGGACUUGCCAGGGCUCCAAAGCUGAUGCCCGCGGUGGCGCCAACUGGAGAAUGGACUGGGAUCCCGACAUGCACGUGAAAAUGUGCAAGAAGAUCGCCCAGCUCACCAAGGUGAUUUACGCCCUCAACACGCGCCAGGAUGAGGUGGAGGCCAGCAUGGAGGCGCUGCGCGAGGCCCACCAGGAGGAACUGCAGAGUGCGGUGGCGGAGACCAAGGCCAGGCUCCUGCAGGAACAGGGCCGCGUGGAGGAGGAGGCCCUGCUCCAGCGCAUCGAGGCCCUGGAGAGCGCGCUGGAACUGCAGAAGAGGCUGACGCAGGAGGCGCUGGCGCAGUCGGCCACGUGCAGGCUGGAGACCAAAGAAAGGGAGCUGAGGGUGGAGGCUGAGCACGCCGAGCGGGUCCUCAGCCUCUCCAAGGAGAUGCUGGAGCUCAAGGCUGACUACGAGAAGAGGCUCAGGCACCUGACAAGCCACGAGGCGCCCCAGUGGGGCCGGCUUUCCCAGGAGGGCCCAGACCCCAAGGGAGAGCCAGGCCAUGGCCACGAGAUGCGGGAGGUCCUGCUGGAGGUAGAGCGGCUGCGCGUGGAAAACCAGCAGCUGAGCAAGGACUAUGCCCGGAAGGCAGAGGAGCUGCAGGCCACCUACGAGCGGGACACCGAGGCCAUCCGACAGGCCAUGCAGCAGUCGGUGAGCGAGGCCCUGUGGCAGUGGCAGGAGAAGGAGACAGACCUCCGCAAGAACUUCCAGGUCCAGGAGUCGGCCCUGCAGGCCCAGGUCAGGAAGCUGGAAGGAGAUCUGGAGCACAGAGGUCGCAAGAUAAAUGACCUGAAGAAGUACGCCCAGAAGCUAAAGGAGAGGACACAGGACCUGGAUGUGCAGCUCAAGGAGGCUCGGCAGGAGAACUCAGAGCUGAAAACCACUGCAAAAAAACUUGGGGAGAAGCUGGCUGUUGCCAAAGACAGACUGAUGCUGCAGGAGUGUCACGUGACCCAGAAAAGCGAUGACAUGAAGACGGAGCUAGUUUCAGAGAAGGAAGUCCUAGGAAAGGCGAAUGACCUGGAAGGCCGCAGUCUCCAUCCUCAGCAGGAACCAGACUUCCCCAAGGAGUGUCCGUGCACCAAAGGAGGCCCAGAGGCACAGACCAAGAAAGAGGCAAGUAUUGAGACGGAAUAUAUGAAGCAACAAUAUGAAGAAGACCUUCGCAAAAUCAAACAUCAGACAGAAGAGGAGAAGAAACAUCUCAAAGACCAGCUAGUGAAGCGACUAGAAGACUUAGUGAAGAAGCACACGCUAGAAAUCAAGUCCGUUCGCUCGUCGGUGGAGGCCGAGAGGAGGAAGCUGCAGAAGGAAGUGGCAGCACAGGUGGAGGAAGUGAAGAAGAAGUCAGAAAAUGAAAUCAAGCAGCUGGAAGAAGAGAAAGCAGCCCUAAAUGUGAAGCUCCAGAAUUCCCUGCUUGAGGUUUUGAGACUGGAAGAAUUUAUCCAACAGAAUAAGGUAUGUCCCGGAAAAGGCAAAGAAAGGCCCCAGGAACUGGAUUGCCAACAGCACAGCAUUUUAGAGACCCAGGAUCCAUGCUUGAAGCUGAAUAAACCUCAGAGCCUGCCCAAAGGAGAAGAGUAUCACGAUAAGUUAGCAGCUGAAGAAGGAACCAGCAGUGAUGAAGAAGAAAGGAUUGAAGUGCCCCUUAAGGAGGGAAGUGACCUGCAACCUCCACUGCACUCUUUGCUGAAGGAGAAGGCGCCAGAAAUCCAGCGUCUACAGGAGGAGUGGCAAAGCCAGAAGGCUAGAUUGCAGGCCCAGGUCUCCCAGAUGCAGCAGGCUCUGGAGCAGUGCGCCAGCACCUACAGGGAGGACCUGCAGGAGCUCAAGCAACUCUCCGACCACGAAAGGGAGAAGCUGCAGCAUGAGCUCCAGGAGACCAUUCAGCAGAACCAGGCCGUGAAAGCCCAGCUCGAGGCCUCCCACCAGCGAGCCCUGCGCACGCUUGAGAAGGCCAAAAAUCAAGAACUCAAGGCCACAGAGGAGCGCUUGAAGAAGGAAUCCAGCCACAGCCUCCAGAUCCAGCACCAGGCACACCGAUUGGAGCUCCAGGCCUUGGAAGAAAAGGCCCAGCAGAAGCUCCAGGGGGAGCUGGAGAGGAUGCAGACUCAACAGGCUCUGCUGUUAGAGUCCCUCGAGCAGGAGCUGUCGGAGCAGCGGGCUGCCUGCUCCGAGCACCAGAAGGACCUGGAGGCGCUGCAGGCUGAGCUGAGGUCUCUGGGCGGCUUGGGCAGGCGGCAGGCGGUCGCCCAGUGUCCAGGGGACAGCGAGGACCACACCGUCCCUGCCGAGGACGGGGGCGGCCUGGGCCAGGCCCGCUCUCCGCAGGGCGCCGCCGAGCCGGGUCCGAGCGAGGCGUGCGCCCUCUGGGAGGAGAACUCGCAGCUCAAGGACGCCGUGCAGCGGCUGCGGGCCGAGGUGGAGCAGCACCAGCAGGAGGCGCUGCAGCUCCGCGACCAGCGCAGGCUGCUAGAGGAGGAUCAGCAAGCCCAGCGGACCCGGGAGGUGGAGCAGCUACGCCAGGAACACCGGAAGGAGAUGCAGGCCAUGGUGGCAGAUUUCAGCAGCGCUCAAGCCCGGCUCCAGGCCCGGCUGGCUGCCCUGGAAACUGAACUGAAAGAUUCCGGAGAGAAGACGGGGAAGGGGGCGUCCAGGCCAGAGGACGUUCAGCUCAUAGGCCGUCUGCAGACCCGCCUGAAGGAGAGAGAGGAGAUCAUCAAGCAGCUCAUGGAGGAGAGAAGAUUUCACUAUGCAGCCUUCCCCAGUGCCAUGUCCCAUCGGAAUCGGUCCUUCUCUUUCAAUCCUCACCCAGGAUAUUUGACCCCUUCCAUGAAGAAAAAGAAGAUGGAGGAAGUGCCCAGCCGAGUGGUCAGUGUGCCAAACCUCGCCUCCUAUGCAAAGAACUUUCUGAGUGGUGAUCUGAGCUCCAGGAUCAAUGCUCCUCCAAUAACUAAAUCACCCAGCUUGGACCCAAGCCCUGGCUCUGGUCAGCCUUACAAACCUCCCCAGUCUCUAGAGGCGAAAACUGCCACAAGGACACAAGAUGGUGAAACAGCCCAACCCAAAGAAGUCCAGCAGAAACAGAGCUCUGCCCACCAGGAAUGGUUUACCAAGUAUUUUUCUUUCUGAACUGGUUCUUGGGAUCCAUCAGAAAGAGGACAUUUGAAAAACAUUUCUUUUAAAGCAUCUGAUUGAAGGAAUGAACUAAACAACCAACCAACCAAAUAACUUGCUUGUGAUAUGGUUUAUAUAUAUUAGCCAAAACAAAUUUUGGCCUUAACAUUUCAUACAAUUUCAUUGUGACACCAGUGCUUAAAAAAAAUUCUUGGCAUUAAGGUAACC